GCAAAUAACUUUUAUGUUCUAAAUCUACAAGUUCACUAUAGUUCUUCAUGGAAUGCAUUCUGUGUAAUUUUAUCAAAAGGCUAUUCUGGUAAGCAUUCGUGAUUCCCCCCUUUGAUAAGCUAGAUUUCUGUUUGCAUUAAGCAUAUAAAUUUGAUAGAUUUUGAAGGGGUUGCCUUAAGUUUUUCUCACUUUUUUUUUCUGUAUUUGCAGGAUUGCAAUGAGUUAUGUGUCAUCAUUUCCUCUGCUAUACACGUGUUUAUUGUUGAUGAAAUUACCAUCCUAUGAGCAAUGCCCUUAUGGCCUUAAACUAUCUUAACCGUUUAAUCAUGAAUUUUCUCUCAUGCAGAUCUGUCAGUUAACUUCGUCAUGCCGCCUUUUCUGCUUAUUGGCGUGAUCUGGCGUCACAUGAUGCAUCAUCAGGUUGAGGUCUGGACACAAGAACCCACAUACAUUAUUUGUCUGUUUCCAUUUUGCGCCACUUGUUACAUCUAUAAUACAAUUUGAUGCACCACUUUCAAAUUUGGGUUUACCCCUUGUUUUGCCGCCAAACAUCAUGCUAGACAAUCUCCGUUGUUGGCUAGACACAUAAAAGGUAACAUCUGUCCUUCGUCAGUUGAUCCAGUCAAAAUUGCAGGGAUUAGCCAUUCAUGCAACGCAUACCUAUCCUGGCUCCUGCAUCGUCCUAUUCUGAACGUAUGAAUUCUUCAUCCAAACAUUACAGUUACUUUCCUAUCAUGGUUGUGGGAGCCAAAAUGGACCCGUGGCCAAGGAGGCUGGAGCAACUGAUGUGAUUAGCAGCCAUUAACUAAGAUUUUUUUUCCUAUGGCAAAAUUAGCAAGGCAGGAUUUGAUUAGAUUAGCUUCGCUGUUUCCUUUUGUCUUUUAGAAAAUAUGUUUGUUAGAUCCUGGUUAUAGACACCAAGCCAUACACUCUAUGGAUUUAAUGAAGAAGUAACCAAUCUAAUUCCUUCCAAUGUAAAUCUUCCCAGUCUAACUUCACUUCUCCCACCAAUCUAAUUCCUCCCAAUGUAAAUCUCCCCAGUCUAACUUCACUUCUCCCACUAAGGGCCAAUCGUCCUUGUGGUGUUUCCCUGUUUGAUCUAUGCUCCUAACAUUUCCAGAAUCUUUUAGGCUUAUUGAUGUAUUGUGCAAGUAACCCAUAAAACCUGAUGUCAACAAAAUACAUUCCCUGGCAAGAAAAGGUCAAAGACUUGAGCAACAAAAGACAAGAAGGCACUGGUUGUGCUCGAUUUCUUUGAUUCUUAAGAGAAAUAAAUAAUGCUCUAUUGUGAGGUGCCUUAAGUAAAACAUGUUUCAUAUGAUCAUAUUGUACUUGGUAAGUACCAUAAUGGAAUAUCUAAUAUUGUGACAUGCAAUGCACGUACUGCUUGCUAGAUAGGAUUAUAUGUUCAAGUCAGCAUGUCCAAACGCUGUUCACCUUUUGCCCAAAUGUCAGCCAGGACAUGGGUCCACAUUAUGAGCUUUCUUCUUAUCAGAUAUGCAUGCAAACCCAAUGCUUGAAAGAAAGCUAGUGUGUUGGGGCAUAAAUAUGAAAUUGUUAAUUCAUGCUUGUUUUUCUUAACUGUUCAUGGAGUUGGACUGAAGUAAAACUUCUUUUCUUCAGGUAAUUGAAUUACUAUGUUGAGCAAACUUUGGCAUGGCAGUGCUCAACUAAACAUCUCGAAAUAGCUUUAUGUGAUAUGCUAUAUUCUUUGCUUGCAGUCACAGUGUGCUUUUACAGCUUGCUUGUAGAGCGAUGGAAUAAUCCACCUAACAUGCUCAAAUAUUAAAAAUCUUUCUUUAGCAGUUACUCUCUUUCCUAGAAUGUGGCACUCAAAUAUUCAUGAUUAUAAUUUCUUUAUGAAUAUCUAGAUUGGCCGGAUGUGAUGAGAUUUAUUAGUUUCUACAGAUAUAUAAAAGUGGCUAAAGUUGUGUCUUGGAUACCAUUUAAAUGUUCAACACACAAUUCAUUCAACUAUUUGUGGCAGGAAGAGUACUACAGACGGAGUCAUUAUUUACACACAGAUGAAAUAUUUAGUGCCAAGUCUGCAGGGUGAUGAGUUAGUAUCUAUUAAACAUGCGAGUUUUAAAUCCAUUUGGCUGACUUUUGCAAGAAUUGGUAAGUGCAUUCUCCAUUAUUUGUUGGUAACUGCAAGAAGUGUACACUACCAGAUAUAGACAGUGGUGGGGCUUUCUAGUGAUGUUUCUUUUGGCAUUUUGCUAAAGGCAGGCCUUUCUGGACAGGCACAAGUUGCAUGCCGUUGCUGAUUUUAGUGUGAUGCAUGUAGUUGAUUGAAAAAUGAAAACAGUACCAUUUUAUGUGCAACCAAGUGCAUUUUAUUAGCUAACUUAGACUGGGGGCUGUUUUGGUUUAUAAUAGAAAAUGGAAUCUAUGCAUGCAACAAAAAAAAUGUUCUGAACGUUAACAUGCUUCUCCAAGGCAUUGCAUGUUGGAGUAGCCAGUAAUUACCACUGAGAGAUACUCGCUCCUUGCGAUUAGAACAUAGUUUUAAUUAUAUACCAUAUCAAUUUCUUCUACUCGUGUGCAGUGGGAUAAUAUUGUUUUUGGUCAUUGAUCAUCACUCUGGUUAACUGGUCACAUUUGGUUGAGGAUUUAACAUCAUUUAUUGGCAGGUUGUUUGUGCAGUUGCUUGUUUUGGGGAGCUGGAGCAAUCGUGGACCUUGUUAAUCUUCCAGAAUAACUAGUUAGUCCGCCAACCAGUUUUCUAAGUCUCUGAAGCCAGAGGUACAAGUGGUGCCUGAUGAUAUAUACUUGUUAAACUGCAGCACUCGAAUCAAUGACAUUAUUUUACUGUCCGAUCCCGCAGCUUAUCUAUAUAUGGCGCAGAUCUCCUGAAGAUAGCUCUGCAGACUGCAGUUAGAGCUGAGUCAGAGUAAGAAGACGUGAUAAGGGUGACUCGAAUCAAUGACAUUAUCCAACUGUCCACAGUCCAACAACUUUGCUAUAGAAUAUUUCAUGGAUCAGAGGGACAUGAAAAUCUGAACUCAAACUCUUUCAUAAGGCCAUAUCCAAGCUGGUGUUGCAAUGGUGGAUUCCCCUGCUCCUCUAUUAUAUAAGGCAUAGAUCCUCUCAAGUUAUAUCUGCAGUAAGAGUCAGAGGUCCAAGACGUCCAAGUGAGAGCGAAAGGUGUCUUUUCCAGAAGACACUAACCGAAUGACUAGCAUGGCCACAAUCACAGCCAAAUCUGGGGUCAUCGCCGUAUCGAUGGUCUUGGUCAUGUGCGCUGCCUCUGCAGCUGCUGGCGACAACGACAUGCUGCCGGCGGCGUUCGACAUCCUGCAGCAGCCGGCGAAGGAAGCCGCCAACCUCGGCCACGGCUGCUACACUCGGUGCUUCGCCGGCUGCUUUGCAGCUGGGUUCGAUGGAGAUUACUGCUCGGACUUCUGCUCCAAGGAAUGUGGCGAUGAUGUCCGGAAGUUCCUCAGCCGGCUGUCGCCGGAGAACUCCGCUAUCGUCGGUGACAUUUGCAACAUCCCAAGGUGCAUCAGUUCCUGCGUCGAAGCGAAGAUUGAUCCACCGUACUGCAAGAUUUGGUGUGAGGAUAUGUGCGGUGAUGAUGUCCGGAAGAACCAAAUCGGGCUCUCGCCGUAAGAUUCCACCAGAUGCGUUUCUUUCGGUCCGCGCAUCAAUAGUGCCUGCGCUUGCGUUCAGUUAGCGCUGUGAUCUUUCAGUAGCAAACUACUAGCAAGUAGCAGUAGCUUGUGUCGUCGCUCUCUGCAUAAGUGUGCUUGCUUUUGUUCUUCUAUGUUCCCGUGUUCUUCCACGGUUCCACUGUUCUUGUUGUUGAAGGCGUCAAGGUGUGUAGCCGACUCGUGCAAUUACAUUAUCUUCAUUUCGACCCUGUUAUCAGAAGUACGUACUGUUUUAGUUCCUUGAAUGCAGUGAUGGGCGUACCAGUUUCCGUUUCA